GAGACUAGGGGAGACGAGAAACCAUGGGAAUUUGCACAAACCAUUCCAGACGAUACGCGCAAUAAGUCCGAAAGUCUUUGCCGAAUCGUAGAAUGUCAAUUCAGUUUUGUUGCAACCGUGUGAACCAGCGUGGAGAUAUCUUUUGGAAAUAUUACACAAGGGAAUCCUGUGGCAUCUUCAUGCUAAUUCUUUAUGGGUCCAACCUUCCGUCGUGUUGAAGACCGCGGCGCUCGGCAUGCGAUGAGAGUCGCCGUGCCUAAUGGUUCCGUUGGCCACCGACACUCCUAUGCUGAUCUACACCAUCCAUUGGAGACAUUUAGCGAAAAGCACAUACCCCAGGAUGUUGAAAGUAUGCCCACUCCAACGAACUUGGUAACCCAACUUCGCUCUUCCGUCGGAAACAAUGUUCUCAGACCGUGUUUUAAUGCAUUCCCGGACGGGAGUACCACAAAUAGGGAAGAACUCAUUGUACAUGAGGAUAUCUCUCAUGUAGUUGGAUCAGACGCAAUCCCGACUGGAGCCGAAAGGCAUAACGUACAUCUACCGUCUACGUGCACAUCGGAGCCCGUUGAUUCUCGUGUUCAUAGCUCCGGUGAAGCAGAUAUCACUUCCACUAAUGAGGUUGAUCAGUGCUGCCUUUGUUUCUGUUGUCAGUCAUGCAGACCCUCCAAAGCCGGGCAUGUUUUCUGUGACAGCAGCAAUCUAAGCAAUUGCUCCGGUCUGCGUGCGAUAUUGUCUUCAUUCAGCUGUUCUUUCUUGCCUGUUUUGUUUGAUUGUCGUCUCAGUCGGUGGUAUCGGCGAAGGAUACCGAACGAGAAUCUUCUAGUUCUGAGCAUCAUCCAGGUGCUAUGUGGAUUCGCGUCUAUUAUUCUCUCCAGUGUUGCCCUAACGAAAGCUGUGUUCCUCUAUCGCAUGGCAACCGGUAUGUGGGCCGGUUUCCUCAUGUUGAUUACCGGUACGCAAGGUCUGAUUGCUUCAAGGCGUCCAAUCACCUGUACGUUGGUCGGUCUUUUGGUCUUGUGUGUGAUUACCACAUUAGCUGCAUGUCUCCUCAUCGGGGUUUCAGUAGCCGGAACCAUCGAGGAUGGGUUUCUGGAGCAAAACAGCGCAAAAUCGAGGAGCGUACACCAGGUAGUCAGGCUUAUUUUCGCAUACCAUGAUGAUGGAAAGCCCUUCAAAGACCUUUACUCACAACCAGAUCAUUUUAUCUCGGCCACUCCUGUCAACUGGACAGGCGCAGGCCUAUCACACACGAAGUCGAUAAAUCCGGGGCUGCGUACACAUUUUUCUGACUCACAUCUGCGCACUUGUCAGGUCAUCUUACAUGUGCUGUUGCUUCUGGUGGGCAUACUUAACUGCUCUGUUAGUCUCUCGACCUCUGUUCUGUGCGGCCGAUAUGUUUGUUCCAGAUCUAGACGAUUUACUACCGAUCAAAAUCACUACACAAGCCGAACGAAUAUCGUGUCUUUUGACAACGCGACGGCCAGUCAGGCGGUUAGUUUGCUGCAGUCUGGCGACGUGCGCCAUUUUAUUGGCUCUGGAAAUAUCUUACUCGCUGUCGCGCCAGACUCACUCAGGAGACACGAGUUAGAUCUGGUGCGCACUAAUGACAACUAUACGCGUCUGGAUCCAUGUCUCCACCAUACUGUUUCUCCGUUUCUCCCGGAAUCUAACAGAUCUGCGCUUAUCCUGACACAGGCCGGAACAGGUGCAAUGGCUUGGACAGCAGCCCGUGCUGCGGCCACCCUCUUGAGUCAACAAGAGUCGCCGAGGUCAACUACCCUACCAGAGGAUUCUCAGUAUCGAGAAUCUACCAGCUCGAUUUCGAGACUCGUUCGAGCAAAUCUCAGACCCAGGAAAAACCAGCGACCGAGACUCCUGCUGACGUCAUUGAAUUCCGAAACAGCUCACCCGAGUCACCUAUCUGCACCACCGUACCCUUCCAUAAGUACAAUGCUUUACGUGAUGCCAUCGCCUACCAGUGAUGAGCCGCCUAUGAUUUUCCCCCCAUUCCCUCCCACAUACAGUUCACUACAGAAGCGUCCUUCUACGUCUAUAUUUUCUAGAAUCCCAGAGCCACGAAAUACACGACCACAUGACAGAACUGCCGAACAAACAUCACCUGAUGUUCUUCCCGCAAGGGCCCCCGUUGCGUGCGUUCUAUCUCGUAUUUUCCGAAGACGGAUAUCUCGCCGCCAGAGAUCGUCACACUCUCGCCGUCGAAACACAGAGAGACGAACUUCGCAACCCCGUAGAGCCGCUUCCUCACUCAUGUGUGCCGUGGACAGGCUUCUGCAACCUGUGCUAAUUGUCGAAGACCCUGGAGCCUGCACAUCUCAUCAACCCGGUAGACCAUCUAAUCCUCCCGCGUACUCUACCCUCUAUCCGGACUGCACCCAUCAAUCAGAUCCUUCUGCUUAAUUAUUCAGAGUUCCCUCCGUUCCUUUUUGAUUUGUGACCGUCAGGUUGCACUUGGCAUUCAUUGAACUUUAUCAAGGGCAUGGGUAGUUACGUGGUGUUUUAUGAUAGAAACGGAAGGCCGUCGGCCACUUGAGUUUGUGCAUUUGCUUCGGUAUUACCCCUACUGAUCACAGGACAAGUCCCAGUGGAAAAACUCUCACCUGUAAUACAGUCCAUUCGCACAGUAGCAUUUUACCACUGCGUUGGUGUAUAAAACUAUUCCACAUCCGUGUUAUUUACCAGAGUUUGUUUUGUUUCUUUGUCCUCUCACAUUUCACUGCCACUGAUCUAUAUAUUUUUUUCAUUGUUCAAUAAAGUUCCAUGAACUGGU